CCCGUGUUAAACAAUAUUCCUCAGUCUGCUGAGUGGAGGAGAUGAAGGAAAUGGAAUGUGACAGCAAAGUCCUGUGCUGUAUAUAAGGCAGCAGCAGGACUGCAUCAGUCCACAGUCUGAGUCCACACGGUCUGGGAUAAAACGCUCACAGUCCAGGCGCUCCGGGUCCAGACGCUCCAGGUCCACUUUGACAGCAUCAUGCAACUCUUGGCUCUCUUGUGUACAGUGGGUUUGCUGCUGGAAGAAGUGCACACAUGGGGCUUCAGAAAUGGAAUAUUUCAUAAUUCUAUAUGGCUGGAGCAAGCAGCUGGCGUUUACCACCGGGAAUCACGGAAAGGAAGAUACCAGCUGACGUAUAAAGCAGCCAAAGCUGUGUGCAAAUAUGAGGGAGGGCACCUGGCCACUUACGAACAGCUGGAGGCAGCUCGCAAAAUAGGGUUCCAUGUGUGUUCUGCUGGCUGGUUUGACCAGGGACGUGUUGGCUAUCCCAUCGUCAAAUCCGGUGCCAACUGUGGCCUUGGGAAGGUGGGCAUCAUUGACUAUGGCUACAGGCUUAACAAAAGUGAGAGAUGGGACGUGUACUGCUAUAACCCAAAGUCUAAGGAGUGUGGUGGCGUGCUGACUGAAGAGCAGAGAAUCAUUCACUCUCCCGGAUUCCCUGAUGAAUACCAGGAUCAACAGAUCUGCUACUGGCACAUCAGGGUGCGCCUUGGCCAGAAGAUCCGUCUGCACUUUAUGGACUUUGAUGUGGAGGAUGACCCUGCUUGUCUUGCAGACUACCUGGAGGUGUAUGACAGCUAUGAUGAUGUCUCAGGCUUUGCUGGGAGGUUCUGUGGUGAUUCUUUGCCAGAUGACAUCAUCAGCACAGGAAACGUGAUGACACUAAAGUUCCUGUCUGAUGCUUCGGUGACAGCAGGCGGCUUCGAAUUACAAUACUCCGUCUUCAACUGACUGCUUCUACCUCACAACCCUACCAACUAUUUCCACUUUUCAAACACUGCCAUA